GCGACCCCGGUGUCCAGGGACGUCCUGAUGGCGGUCUUCAUGGCCCAGGCCAUACCCUUUGUCGGUUUCGGCUUCAUGGACAACAUGAUCAUGAUCGCCGCGGGGGAGUACAUCGAGCGGAGUAUCGGCGCAACCUUGGCUCUGUCCACCAUGGCCGCCGCGGGGCUGGGUAACUUGCUCUCGGACAUCGUGGGCGUGGCGACGAGCAACAAGAUCGAGGCUUACGCGGAGAAGGCCGGGUUCAAGUCCCCGGUGCUGACCGCGGCGCAGGAGGCAACGAGGGGGCCGAGGAUGGCCAAGGUGAUGGGCGCUAUAAUCGGCAUAUCCGUCGGUUGCUUGCUGGGGAUGUUCCCGCUGAUGUUCUUCGACGCCGACGAG